AUGACGAAGAAGUUCGUAGAAGAUAUUGAACGCGAAAGAUUUGUCGUCUCGAUUCGCGAGACGAAGAUAAAUAACGAUUGGAAUUUUAAGUUUGUAGAAGAAAAAUUAGCAGUUUAUCUCCAAGAACAGUAUACCAUGUCCAGUGAAGAGCCACAAACACUGCGUGAUGCUCUUAAAAUGGGUGUUUGGAAGGAGCAUGAGGAAGCUGAAAAUGGAGUCUUUACUCAAGCCAUCAUGAAAGGCACCGUCAGCCGUGAGACUUACAGGCAGUUUCUUGCUGAACUGCGAGAAAUCUACAUGGCCAUUGAAGAAAUGGCUGAGCUGAAUAAGGAUAAGUCAUGUUUUGGACCUAUCUAUUUUCCCACAGAAAUGAACCGCUUGAAAUCACUUGAAGAAGAUUUGGAAUUUUUUUAUGGUCCUGACUGGCAUGAAAAAGUUAAACCAAUGACUGAAAGUGCCAAAGAAUAUGCUGCAAGGAUCCGGGAUAUUGGAAAAAGAUUCCAACUUUAG